GAAACUGAAAGUGGAUGGAAACAAAAACAUAGUUUACGCAGCAGAGCAGGUCACAAGAGGAUAACUGCAGCUGGACGAAUGGCAGGAAAAACGUUUCCACGCAUUCACAAAGCGGCUGCUUUGAUAGCGGCCGUGUGCGUCGACCUGUCUUUGCUUUACGCGUCAGGACUCGUGGUGACUCUCAGCGUCUCCUCGCAUCUUGCGCGUCUCUGGGUCUGUGCGGCUCUCCGGUGCUCGGCUCUGACGGUCCUGUCCUUGCUCGCCCUCGGGGACCUCAAGCCGUUGCUGCUGCGUGUUAUAGCGGCGUACUGUCUGCUCCCCGCGGUGUUUGAGACCGGCUCAGCGGCGCUGUACCAUGAGGAGGGCCAGUGUGGGAGACUGGCGGAUGCGCGCUGCUGCUGGCUGCUGUGCGCCGCCGCCUCCAUGGCUGCUGCGCUGUUCUGGGAGAUCACCUUCCCGGACACCGACCAGGCGGCCGCCGGUGAGGAGACCAGGCAGAAGGCCCGGGUCCUGUUCGUGAGAGUGCUGCGGCUGUACAGACCCGACUACCUCCUGCUGCUGGGAGGGUCUGUGUUCCUGUCGCUGGCUGUUGUCUGUGAGAUGUUCAUUCCGUUCUACACUGGGAGAGUCAUCGACAUCUUGGGGGGUCAGUACCAGCUGAGUGAAUUCAGAUCUGCUCUCCUCUUCAUGGGCCUGUACUCUUUGGGAAGCUCGGUCAGUGCAGGCUGCAGAGGGGGUCUUCUGCUUUGUGCCAUCAGCGCCUUCACAUGCAGAGUGAAAGUCAAACUGUUUGGGGCUUUGACCAAACAGGAAAUUGGAUUCUUCGAGACCAUAAAGUCAGGUGAAAUCACACAUAGGUUAUCGAAGGACACCGAACUGAUGGGAAGAACCGUGUGUUUGAACGUCAACGUGCUGCUCAGGACGCUCAUCAAGACGCUGGGCAUGAUCUCCCUGAUGAUGAAUCUGUCAUGGAAGCUCACGUUCCUGGUGCUGAUGGAGACGCCCGUCACCGGCCUCAUUCAGAACAUCUACGACACACAUUACCAGAGGUUGACCCUGGCGAUGCAGAGCUCGAUGGCGUCGGCAAACGAAGCAGUGACGGAGGUGGUGUACAGUAUCCGUGUGGCGCGGAGCUUCAAUGCAGAAAGACACGAGGCCCGACGCUAUGGUGUCCGUUUGACGGACAUUCAAGUCCUCAGGAACCGGCGGGACAUUGUCCGUGCAGUUUACCUGCUCGUGCGGAGGUUGACAGGGUUGUUCAUGCAGGUCCUAAUGUUGUACUACGGCAGGUUGUUCAUCCAGAGCGGACAGAUGACCACUGGCAACCUGCUCUCCUUCAUCCUCUACCAGUCAAACCUUGGAGACAACAUCAGGACACUCGCCUACAUCGCCGGUGACAUGCUGAACUCGGUGGGGGCCGCGGGGAAAGUGUUUGAUUAUCUGGACAGAAAACCUCAGGUCAGCACAGAUGGAAAACUCAAACCCGAUCGACUGAUGGGACACGUCAGCUUCAACCGUCUGAGCUUCGCUUAUCCUGGAAAACCCAACAAAACAGUUCUGCAGGACUUUUCUUUGGAGCUGAAGCCGGGUCAGAUGACGGCGCUGGUGGGUCCAUCGGGGGAGGGGAAAAGCACCUGUGUCAGUCUGCUGGAGCGAUUCUACGAGCUGCAGGAUGGAGAAAUCCUAUUGGACAACAAGCCACUGAAAUCCUACGACCACCGUUACCUGCAUGAGAAGGUCGCAGUAGUGAGCCAGGACCCUGUGCUCUUCUCUGGCUCCAUUAGAGACAACAUCGCCUACGGGCUCGCUGGCUGCUCAUUGGACGAGAUCCAGGAGGCGGCGUGCCAAGCCAACGCCCAUGACUUCAUCAAGCUGCUGGCGAAAGGCUACGACACAGAGGUGGGUGAAGGCGGUGGCCAGUUGUCCAAGAGCGAGAAGCAGCGGAUCGCUGUAGCUCGAGCUCUGGUCAGAAAGCCACAGGUUCUCAUUCUGGAUGAAAUAACCAGCUCCCUGGACACUGACAAUCAAAAUAAGGUUCUGCAGGCCCUGACCGAACGUCCCAACCAGACCAAGCUGGUGAUCGCUCACAAGCUGGAGACGGUGAAGAGGGCGGAUCAGAUCGCUGUGAUCGGUGGAGGCAAAGUGGAGGAGCGAGGGACUCAUCAACAGCUGAUGGACCUGAGGGGGAGAUACUACCAGCUGGUGGAGAGGCACUUCGCUGAGGGAAACUCCACACGGGCUGAAAAUGGAUUGACUGACUGAUACAUCGCGGGAAACAAAACAUACAACAACCAAAACGUCGUAUCCCACUUACCCCUAUUCUGGUGAAGCACUUGGUCUAGUCCAUUUACUGAGCCCCUGUAUUUAACCAGGCUCCCCCCGCAAACACAUCUUUAGGCCAAACCAGGAAAGAGGACUGAUGCAGAAGACACAGUAACUCAAAGACAAAGAAAACUGAAUGCAUACAAAAUCAAUACAACUGAGGAC